AUGGAUGAAGUGUUUUCUUCAAUCAAAGAACCCCUUUCAUCUAACAAUCUCCAACUUUACACGAAAGUCACUCUCUCUCUCUCUCUCUACUCUCUCCUCUCUCUCUCUCUCUACUCUCUCUCUCUCUCUCUCUCUCUCUCUUCUCUCUCUCCUCCUCUCUCUCUCCCUCUCUCUCUCUCUCUCUCCUCUUCUCUCUCUCUCCCUCUCUUCUCUCUCUCUCUCUUUCUCUUCUCCUCUCCUCUCUCUCUCUCUCUCUCUCCUCUCUCUCUCUCCCUCUCUCUCUCUCUCUCUUCUCUCCUCUCCUCUCUCUCUCUCUCUCCUCUCCUCUCUCUCUCCUCUCUCUCCUUCACUACAUGUCCACAAUUUCACCCAAUUGAGCACUUUCUUCUUUCUCUCUCCCACUUACUCAUCUCUCCUCCCCUUCCUUCCCCUUCCUUUUUUUCCUUCCCCUUCCUUUUUUUCCUUCCCCUUCCUUUUUUUCCUUCCCCUUCCUUUUUUUUCCUUCCCUUCCUUUUUUUCUUCCCCUUUUUUUUUUUUUUCCUCUCUCAGCCUUUCCUUUUUUUCUCCCCUCCCUCAGCCUUUCCUUUUUUUUCCCCCCUCCUCUCAGCCUUUCCUUUUUUUCCUCUCCCCUCCUCUCAGCCUUUCCUUUUUCUCUCCCCUCCCUCUCAGCCUUUCCUUUUUUUUUUUCCUCUCCCCCUCCUCUCAGCCUUUCCUUUUUUUUUUCUCCCCUCCUCUCUCAGCCUUUCCUUUUUUUUCCUCCCCCUCCUCUCAGCCUUUCCUUUUUUUCCUCUCCCCCUCCUCUCAGCCUUUCCUUUUUUUUCCUCUCCCCCUCCUCUCAGCCUUUCCUUUUUUUUUCCCCCCCUCCUCUCAGCCUUUCCUUUUUUUUCUCCCCCCUCCUCUCAGCCUUUCCUUUUUUCCUCAGCCCUUUCCCUUUCCUUCUUUUUUUCCCCCCCCCUCCAUCCCCUGAGUCUUUCCCUCCUCAACCUUUCUCCAGUUUCCUUCUUAUUGGAAAAUGCUUUUCCAUUUUUGAUUCUCCUCUUUCUUCUCCAUCAUCUCUUUCUUCUCCAUCAUCUCUUUCUUCUCCAUCAUCUCUUUCUUCUCCAUCAUCUCUUUCUUCUCCAUCAUCUCUUUCUUCUCCAUUCUCUUUCUUCUCCAUCAUCUCUUUCUUCUCCAUCAUCUUUUUCCAUCAUCUCUUUCUUCUCCAUCAUCUCUUUCUUCUCCAUCAUCUCUUUCUUCUCCAUCAUCUCUUUCUUCUCCAUCAUCUCUUUCUUCUCCAUCAUCUCUUUCUUCUCCAUCAUCUCUUUCUUCUCCAUCAUCUCUUUCUUCUCCAUCAUCUCUUUCUUCUCCAUCAUCUCUUUCUUCUCCAUCAUCUCUUUCUUCUCCAUCAUCUCUUUCUUCUCCAUCAUCUCUUUCUUCCCAUCAUCUCUUUCUUCUCCAUCAUCUCUUUCUUCUCCAUCAUCUCUUUCUUCUCCAUCAUCUCUUAUUGUUGAAAUUUUGCUUUCUUGCUACUCUCCGCCCCCCCCCUCUCUCUCUCUCUUGCGCUCUCCGCCCCCCCCUCUCUCUCUCUUGCGCUCUCCGCCCUCCCCUCUCUCUCUCUUAGCUCUCUCCCCCUCCCCUCUCUCUCUCUCUCUCUUGCUCUCCGCCCUCCCCUCUCUCUCUCUCUUGCCUCUCCGCCCUCCCCUCUCUCUCUCUCUCUUGCGCUCUCCGCCCUCCCCCUCUCUCUCUCUCUUACGCUCUCCGCCCUCCCCUCUCUCUCUCUCUUUGGAGAAACAUUGUGGGGGAAUUGCUCCUCUGUGGAAAGUGAUUCACAAGAAUGGCGUCACUGUUGACAAUCGAUUAGAUAACUUGGCUCUCGUUAUGGAGUCCAGCUCUACAUAUCAACUGGAUGAGCCGUCAAACAAAGCCAACAGAGAACAGAGCUUGUAUUGGAUAGCAGUACAGCAGUUACAGCAGGACCCAAUAGAAGAGCAUUUUCCUGAACCAGUUUAUAGCAAGUAUUAUAAUUCAAAUGGGGAAAUUGUGGAGGACGAAGGUAAGAAAUAA